UGGUGGCGCGUGGGGCCGGCGGACGGUUGAUGAGAGCAGAGCUCGCGCUCAGGCAGCGAGAGCCGGCGCCAUGGUGGAGAAGGAGGAGGCCGGCGGCGGCAUCAGCGAGGAAGAGGCGGCGCAGUAUGACCGGCAGAUCCGUCUGUGGGGAUUGGAGGCCCAGAAACGGCUGCGGGCCUCCCGGGUGCUUCUUGUCGGCAUGAAAGGCCUCGGGGCUGAAAUAGCCAAGAACCUCAUCCUGGCAGGAGUGAAGGGCCUGACCAUGCUGGAUCACGAACAGGUUUCUCCAGAAGACCCCGGAGCUCAGUUCCUGAUCCGUACUGGGUCGGUUGGCCGAAACAGGGCCGAAGCCUCUCUGGAGCGAGCCCAGAAUCUCAACCCCAUGGUAGAUGUGAAGGUGGACACUGAGAAUAUAGAAAACAAACCCGAGUCGUUUUUCACUCAAUUUGAUGCUGUAUGUCUGACUUGCUGCUCCAGGGAUGUCAUAGUUAAAGUUGACCAGAUCUGUCACAAAAAUAGCAUCAAGUUCUUUACAGGAGAUGUUUUUGGCUACCAUGGAUACACAUUUGCCAAUCUUGGAGAGCAUGAAUUUGUAGAGGAGAAAACCAAGGUUGCCAAAGUUAGCCAAGGAGUAGAAGAUGGACCUGAUACCAAGAGAGCAAAACUUGAUUCAUCUGAGACAACUAUGGUCAAAAAGAAGGUGGUCUUCUGCUCUGUUAAAGAGGCACUGGAAGUGGACUGGAGCAGCGAUCAAGCCAAGGCAGCUCUGAAGCGCACGACCUCGGAUUACUUUCUCCUUCAAGUGCUCUUGAAGUUCCGCACGGAUAAAGGAAGAGACCCGAGUUCUGAUACCUUUGGGGAAGAUUCUGAGUUGUUGCUCCAGAUUCGAAACGAUGUGCUUGACUCCCUGGGUGUUAAUCCUGACCUGCUUCCUGAAGACUUUGUCAGGUUCUGCUUCUCCGAGAUGGCCCCCGUGUGUGCCGUGGUUGGAGGGAUCUUGGCCCAGGAAAUUGUGAAGGCCCUGUCUCAAAGGGACCCUCCUCACAACAACUUCUUCUUUUUUGAUGGCAUGAAGGGGAAUGGGAUUGUGGAGUGCCUUGGCCCCAAGUGAACCCACGACUUGGCAACCCCAGAGAUGCCAACCCGCAGCAUGCCCACGUGUGUCCCCUGUCCCCUUCCCCCACGAAGGCAUCUCCGGGGAGGGAGAGGGGGAGUCAUUGGACCAGUACAGACCGUGUCCUGCGACCACUGAGGUGGACGGAUGUGCCGCUUCCCAGUACCAGCAGCUGCUGAACAGGGGGCGCGGGGUCUGGCUCUCUCCACCCCGGCACUGUCGAGACUGUGCCAGCCCCCGAGUGGCCAUCACCUGAAAGCCCCUCUGAUGCCUCUCUGUCCUGGUGCCACCACGGCAUCACCAGCCCUCUGGGGCACCGUGGGAGAUGCCUGCCAGGAACCAGCGCGCCUUGUUGCCUAGGAGCCCGUACCGCCGUCUUGGACUUAUUCCCCGCCUGAUGUCAUACAGAGAGAGCACGACUUCGGGUGGGGACCGAGGCCCAGGUCCAAGGAAACACUAGUGGAACCACGGUUCCCAGUGCCCACAGGGGCCCUUAGAGAGGAAAAAACACAGCAGGCGGAAUGUAUUUCCUCCAAAGUUUGAGGGCCUGAAAAACAACAGGUGGCAUCUGCUGUGCUGUUCUUGAGUUUUAGUUUAGGAUUAGUUGAGUUCCAGCCUGGAUUUGGGAAGAGAGGAAAAGUUACCAAGUCCUCUUGGGUAUUAAGGCGAGACCUUGUAAAUUGAGUAUUAGUGGGAAAAGUUUGUUUGAAAAGGCAGUUUCCAGGGCCCCACCCCCUGGGGAUUCUGAUUUAUUGGGGCCGAGCUCAGACAGAGGAGCCUGCCAUUUUAAAAGAACCCCCACCAGUGAUGCAGCACAGGCCACUCCGGAGGCUGUUGCGAAUAAGGGCUGUGUCGGUCCUUUACCCCUUGAAUCACAGCUGUUUGUGUUUUUUUAUAUUUUCUAUAUUUUCUUGGCUCUUUAAAAAGAAAUGAUAGAAAUAAAGUUAUUUGCUUUAGAA